GGCCUGCAGAGCGGCCAGACCAUCGCGCUGCCCGCGCAGGGCCUCAUCGAGUUCCGCGACGCGCUGGCCAAGCUCAUCGACGAUUACGGAGGCGAGGACGACGAGCUGGCCGGCGGCCCGGGAGGCGGCGCUGGGGGCCCCGGGGGUGGCGUGUAUGGGGAGCUCCCGGAGGGCACUUCCAUAACUGUGGACUCCAAGCGCUUCUUUUUCGACGUGGGCUGCAACAAAUAUGGGGUGUUUCUGCGAGUAAGCGAGGUGAAACCGUCCUACCGCAAUGCCAUCACCGUGCCCUUCAAGGCCUGGGGCAAGUUCGGGGGCGCCUUUUGCCGGUAUGCGGAUGAGAUGAAAGAAAUCCAGGAGCGACAGAGGGAUAAGCUUUAUGAGCGCCGUGGUGGGGGCAGCGGCGGCGGCGACGAGUCCGAGGGUGAGGAGAUGGAUGAGGAUUGAGACGGGCGGCUUCCCCUACAGGCCUCCCCCACCCCGCCACCAUCCCCCUGGCUAGAUGGUUUCCUUUCCUGCUCAUCCUCAGUGAGCUAGUGGAGAGGGAGCAAAGGAGGCCCCAGAGGAAAAAAACAAAA